UCUCACAGAAUAGUCUUGUGUUGUUGGCUGGAGUUACAAAGUCAGUUAUGGAGCCAACAAACAACACUGAAACAACGGAUCAGUCGUUCGGCGUAGAACAUGGCAUAGCAGCAAGCAUCAUCCUUGGAGUAACAUGCCUCAUUGGAGUUCCAGGGAAUUCACUGGUUAUCUGGAUUAUAUUGUUUAAGAUGAAAAAGUGGCCAUCCACAAUUCUGCUGAUCCUGAACCUGGCCAUUGCCGAUCUGGUUGUCCUGAUCACUUUACCAUUGUGGAUUUAUUCCAUCACCAGCAGCUGGGUCUUUGGAGAAGCCUCCUGCAAAAUUUUCAGCUAUCUCAUUUACUGCAACCUGUAUGGCAGUGUGUUCUUCAUCAUGCUGAUGAGCAUUGACCGCUUCAUGGCUAUCAUCUAUCCAUUUGCUUCACAAAAGUGGCGGAAAGUCAGCUUCAUUUGCAAAGUAAUAGUUGUUGUUUGGAUUCUGGCUUUUCUCUUUGCUGUUCCUAUCAUUCCAAUUAAAAGAGUUCAGAUGGUAGAUUACAAGAAACAAUGUUCAGCCCGUGAGUAUGACUCUAAAACUCAACAAAUUACAUGCCUCGCACUGGAGACAUUUGUUGGAUUUGUGAUUCCUUUUACUGUGCUCAUUGUCUGUUAUGCAUAUGUUGCAAGAAGGGUGAACAAAAUGACUUUUAAGAGUAAAAACAGAUCUGAAAUGCUAAUUGCCAGCAUUGUGAUUGCUUUUGUUGUCUGCUGGCUUCCUUACCAUGUCUUCAAUGUGAUCGAAUUUGCUUCCCUCAUGGUGAGGCCAGACUCGGGUGCAUCAGCUACGCUGGAUCACAUUUCUGAAGUUGGAUCAUACGUUACUGGGGCAUUGGCUUUCAUCAGCAGUAGCAUUAACCCUAUGCUUUAUGCAUUUGCUGCCAGGAGUAUGCGGAGUGGCUUUCGAUCUUCAGUAAUGGUAAAGAUAUUUGAGCAAAUGGAUCGGUCCACUAAAGAUGAAUAUACUAUGGAACGUAUUAAUGAGACAAAAAUGGAAAGCACCCAAGAUCUAUAAACCUUUAUUGUGCUGUUAAUGAAAAGCUCCAUUCCCUCCUGCAUGAAGAUCAAUGGCAAAAUGUGUAUAGUACAUAAGUUAAAUGCAGCAGAGAUAACCGGGUCACUGGUGCUGAACUUAAUAGAUGAUAUCUUACCCAGAAAUAUAUGUUACUUUGUGACUCAACUCACCUGUAGUAAAGAUUACCUGGUUGAUUUCUCACUGAAAAGUUUGCUGUAAGUUUAUACUAAUUGAUUACAUCUUGUGUGUCACAGAAUUAGACUAACACUUCGUUAGAUGACUGGAUUUACUAAUUCCAAUCAAAUAAUAUAAGUCAUGUAUUUUUUUCCCAUUUCCUUUCAAAUAUUACUUCAACACUUUAAACUGUUCUUUCCUUGUGCGCAAAGAGCGUUGUAGUCAAUCUUCAACAAAUUGGCUCUUUAUUGACAGUAAACCAACGUGCACUAAAAACAGACAAUUUUUAUCCAUGAGGAACCAAAGGACAAUGUAUAGAACUUUUAAAACAGACUGUGGACUAAGAAGAAACGCUGAGGAAUUGUUCAUGCAAGUACAAACAGGAUACAGCUAGAACUUGAGUAUUGUUGUUCUCUGUGCCACUGUGUGGGACUACCAACAAACAUUAAAAUGGCAGCACAGAAGGAACGGAAAUGGUGUCUAUCCCAUUGCUGUUUGUGCCUCUGGCAGCCUCUGAAAGUGGUAAUCAUCAGAAUCUUCUCUAUAUGCCAAACUUGCAGAAUACUUAUAUACUCAGACUUUGACCCACCGAAGCAUUUUUGUUGUGCUAAUAAUUGAACAUUGAUUCCUUCUAUAUUUCCUACAGUCUUGGAAAUGCAGAAGGCUAUCAGAAUGGGACAAUCAAAGAGGAAAGGACUGUACUAAUCAAAUCAAAUUGUCAGGGAUGUGAUUUCUGUGACUUUUUUUUGUAUUAUGAUUCACUUUAACAACUUGCAGGUAGCUGGGUCCGAUUCCUGGAAACAUGAGAAAAUAAACCUUCAAACGAUUGCUUGAGUGAGUUAAUAUUUUAAAGAGUGAGUAAUAUUUAAAGUUGAAGGGCAGCCUCAAGGGAAUUACGCAGAGGACAGGGCUCCUUUGAAUGAUCACUAGAGUGACUUGUGUUCCAAGUCAGGUUACAAUUAAUGUGUGUAAGGCUUAGAGUGUGGAAGUCAGAACAGUGCACAAGGGUUUAUAAAAUCUUCAGUAGUUCCAGAUAACAUUUUAUCUGCAAGCUUGUUCAGUCUUUAAAAUCUUUUAAUAGAAUUCAGAGCCAUGCUGCUCUGUUGACAUUGUUAAGCACUUGGGUUGGUUCAGGCAGACCGCAGGGGUUAGGUAUUAGAGGAAUUUAUAGAUGUUGACCUACUGUGGUCAACACCUGUCAAUUAAACAGUUGAUCUUGAGUUUUUAAUUUUAAAAAAAGCAAUAUAUCUGGAAAGAAGCAAGAUUGGAUACAUAAACUAAAGGGUACAAAGAUUGGGAUUAAAGGAAACCAAGAGAAUUGGACCCUGGAAAUCAGAGGCCAUGAACUGAGGGGAGAAAUGGGCUGUUGGGGGCAGGGAACAUAACAGAGUGGCCACCCGUGACAUAUGGUUUAAUGAUGGGCACGAUUGAUAUUCCUAGUUGAGGGGUUCUCGGGCGAGGUGGGUGGGUGGCGAGGGCAUGCAGAGGUGGAGAUCCAGCAAACAGGAAAGAAUUACAACUGUGAAGAGCGGUAAUAUACAAAGAAAAUCAACAAAUGUUGCCACUAGGUUAAAUUAAGAAAUCAAAGAGGGUCAAUCAGACAUCUGGGUACAUUCAUAGGCCCCUUAACACUGAGGCAGUGAUAGGAGAACAGGCAUGUUGAUACAUUAAAGAGAACUUUUUAAUAAUCAGUACCUAGUAGACAGUGCCUAAUAGAGCAAAGCAGACGAUUGAUCUCAAGAUGAUUAUUCCCUGAAGUUACGAAAGGACAAGUAACAUUUCUGAUGAGAACCAAGGCGAGACUGCUCAAGAGAAAACUGAAAAUAAGAGCAGUUCAGCAUAGCACAUGAUAAAGCUGGUUCCAUUAUUACCAUUUCCCAUUGCAUUAAUACUUCAUUUGAAUGUGAGUGAAGAAAUAAUCACAAUGUUUCACGUGCCACUGACAAUGUUUCUUCAGUUCCUCCUUCACUGCUCAAAGUGUUUGGUAAUGAGAAGUGAAAUUGUGUUUUAUUCAGUUAGCUUUAAUAAACUUAUCAAAUUGAAUCUAUCUGAAGUAUAGAUUUACAAUGUGCCUGUUGGAUGUUUUCUGGGAUACCGUGCUUGGCAAAGAGAGAACUUCAUUCCUCCAUCCUGUCUUGUGUGGUGGUGCAUGCUCCCACAUUUCUUUCUAAACUCUUCAAUAAUUACUGAUCAGUACUGAAAAGUAGUUUUGACCUCUUUCACAAUAAUCCAUUUGGAAUUAGAAUGUUUGGCAUAUGUACCGGGUUACAGUGAAAAGCAUGUCUUGCAUAUUGUUGAUACAGAUCAAAUCAUUACAAAGUGCAUUGACGUAGAACAAUGUAAAACAGUAACAAUGCAGAAUAAAGUUCAUCAGCUACAGAAGAAGUACAGCGUAGGUAAACAAUAAGGUGCAAGAUUUUAACAAGGUAUGCUGUGAGAUCGAGAUUCCAACUUAUUAUUCUAGGAAACUAUUUAAUGAUCUCUUCUUCACUACUGUAAAUUUGCCUUCCUUUACUAGUUGAUGAAGUGAAGGGAAGACUGUACCAUGAUCGGGUAACAAUCAGAUUAUUGGAUGAGACCUAAUAACAGUUUGAACUCAGUCAUAUUUAGGGUAUUUUUGGUUCUGAUGAUGGCCUCACAUUUCUCUUUGAUUGGCAUUAUCCACUUGAAGAUCUAAGUAACACAUCCUUCUGCACAGAGGCAUAGAGGUCGGGUUUUAAGUAUGGUGUUAUGUAGAUUCAGUACUGCCAAUACACUUCCUGAAGCCUGUGAUGUAUUUCAAUAAACGUGUGCAAAAACACCUGUGUGCAUACAGACACGUACAAUUCCGAUUGAAGUUAGAGACAGAAUCGGAUGCACAUCAGCUCUGGUAGGGUUUGCAGGCCAUUAACUCCUACAAAGUAAAACUUAGAGUUAUGAAUGGCUGUGAUGCUUCUCUCCCAGAUGAGCUCCGUGUCUUCUCUGCACGCUUCGAAAUGGAGAUUAAAGCUACACCUGAGCAAACCCCUGCAGCAUCUGUUGACCCUAUAAUCUCUGUCUCAGAGUAUCUUUCAACAGGGUAAACACUCGCAAGGUGUCAGGCCCUGAUGGUAUACCUGGUAGGGCACUGCAAACCUAUGCCAGCCAACUGGCGCGAGUAUUAAAAUACUUCUUUAGUCUCUCAAAGGGAGACCCAGUCAGUGUGGAUCAGAAAUAACAUUUCCACCUCGCUGACAAUCAACACUGGCGCACUUCAAAGAUGCAUUGCUGUACUCUCUCUACGCUGAUGACUGUGCAGUUAGGCACAGCUCUAACACCAUCCAUAAAUUUGCUGAUGACACUAUAGUUGGCAGAAUGUCAGAUGACGAUGAAGAGGCACACCUGAGUGAGAUAGAGCAGCUAGUUAAGUGGUGUCGCAACAACAACCUUGCACUGAACGUCAGUAAAACCAAAGAAUUGGUUGUGGACUUCAGGAAGGAGAAGUUGAGGGGCACACACACCAGUCCUCAUUGAGCGACAAGCAGUGGAAAGAGUGAGCAGUUUCAAGUUCCUGUGUGUCACCAUCUCUGAAGGUCAAUCCUGGGCCCA